CCCGCACACUCCUAAACAAAAUCAGGUAGCCAUUUUGGUUAGUUGAUUUAAAGUAGAUGUUUUUUUUACACAUAAUUUUAGAAUCUAAUAAGGUGUUUGGUGGCUGAACAGGUAUUAAGACAUGAAUAAUAUGUAUUCACAGAGUUGUGUUAUCUUUUUGGGAAAUAAUGAAUGAGCUAAUUAUGUUUCUGUUUUUAAUACACAGUUGAUGUACAGAGGGCACUUUGGCAAGCAAGGGGCUUAAGCAUUUUACGCAAGAGAAAUAGAACUAAAGUCCUAGUUGGACAUUCACGGACAUCCCUCCUGUCUAGUUGGAAGUGACAGAAAUGUUACUCAAGCUAAACACUUGAAACUAUUCUGGCCCCCUCCUGUUCAGGUGGAAGUGACAGUUGUUGGGAUAGUUAUCUAGUGAGCAGCAGAAACGGAACUCAAGCCAAACCCUGGACAUGUACUGACCUCCCUCCUGUUGAGUUGGAAGUGAAAGUGGUUGUCUAGUGAGCAGCAGAAAUAAAGUUCAAGCCAUACACUGGACCUGAACUGGCCUCCCUCUUGUUUUGGUGAUAGUGACUGUGCCUCGGAUAGUUGUCAAGUCAAGAAUCACAUGCCAAGUUGUGUCAGAAAAUGUGGCGAGCUGUAGACGAUCGUCAUAAGAAGUAUAGACGUCGUGCCUGUGGAAAAACUGACAGAAAGUCUAGAGUGGUAGGCCAUGUUUUAAAAUACCAUGUGUCGAUGAACAGAGUACCAUUCUCUUGCAGUUUAUGCAAUUUCCGCUGCCUUGAGCAACACGAACUUAUGGACCAUGUACGUAAGUACAGGAGGCAUAUCGAUGAGGCAAGUAAACUUGGUAUGACCAAUACGCCAGUGCUCCUAGAUCAAGCGGAACGGCCGAUUGACAUCGACAAUUAUGUAGAAGCCAUAGAGGACACAGUGCAAACCCAAGAUCCUGUGUUGCCACUAAGCAGCAUUGAAAAGGGCUCUGCGUCAAAAUUGGAACGACCGGACCAGGAGCAAACGAAACAUGCCUUGAAUUUCCAUACGUCCGUUUAAAUGGGCGGCUCUCUAACAUCUUCUGAUCUAUCCAUCGAGCCAGGAUGUUUGACUGACCCUCCAAUGGGUCAGUACGAUGCACCAACGCCCCUGUUAGACGAGCACGACGAGGAGGAGGAGGAGUUCAACGUCUGGCUGGGCUUUUUGACCGCCCCUGAUGAUCAGGAAACGGUUUCUUAUGAGGAACCUAAUCAGCAGGUUGUACCAACACUGUCUUCUGUUGAACAGCGGGAUUGGAUGAGCCCCAUGCCACGGGUAGUAACAUCAGAACAGCCAGCGGUGCUUUCCACUGCGAUGACAGCUUCACAGGUGCCGACAGCUAUAGUCCAGGAUCCGAUCAGGGAGGCAAUAAGGCAAUCAACAAUACUGAUGGAAAACACAAUUAGGGAGGGACAUUCUACAAUACUGAGUGCCAUCAAUGCAAAUCACAAGGACAUGCUUAAUGUGCUUAAGGAGAUUCGGGACGCACUGCAGAAAGAAAAACAAAAAACUUAAAUAAAAACACUAGCUGUGUCAUAUUACAUUUACUGUGUUAAUGUUGUUUUACAACGGCACUAACUAAUGUGACGAUGACAGUUGUUUACUAGUGUUAAUGUUUUAAAACUAUAGGUGAUGUUUGUGUUUAACUUUAAAUUUUAUUGAAAUGUGUAUUGGCUACAGUAGUUUAGCCAAAUUUUGUGAGGGGGGGGGGUAAUGAUAUGCACUGGGGUUU